UUGACAAACUCAAAAACCUCUCCCACUAUACCAGGUAAACUCCGAAAUGACUUCGUCUUUCUUGUCCUUAUCUUGAUCCUUCUCAUCAGUUUCCUUCCUGCUCACCCUCUCUGUUCUUCUACUCUCGCUUUGAUCUUUCACUCUGAAAUUUUGGGAACUGAGGAACGGUAUGGCUGAUUAUCAGCAUCGUCGUCAUGAUCACUACCACAAGUUUCAUCAUCAUCAGACAGGCAGAUUCAUGCCGAUGCUCUGUUCGAGGCCGUCCAUGCUCGAAGAUGUGACUGUUCCACGGUGGAGGAACCGGACGGCGUCGUUGUCGGACGAUCCCUUGUCCCCUAGAAUCGGCUGUAUGGGUCAAGUGAAGAGGAACAACAAAGUAGUUGGGUUACCUACUACCUCGCAAUCGCGUGGGUUCAUCAGCCUCAACAGUAAAUGUAACGUCUCGUCAUCAACGCAAUCGCGUGGGCUCAUCAGCCUCACCAGUAAAGGUAACGUCUCGUCAUCAACGCCCUUCUCUGCUCUGGUCAAGUAUUCCAAACUCGGAAAGAUUUUCUACGCCAAGAAUCUAAGCACUAACACACCUGAUACUGCUCACACGGCGACAAGUUGUGGUGGUAAGCGCAGAGAUUUGGCAAGGAAUGAUAGGAAUAGAGGCGAGAGUUGUGUUACUGUAAGUAUUGAAGAGAUGGACCCUCCAUUGCCGGUGGUAAAGCGAGCACAGAAAUCGGAGGCAGAAAGGGGAGCGGAAAGUCUUUGGAAAAGGAGAUCAGGUGGGGUUGCCCUAAGAACUCUUCAGCUUCAACACAUUCAUCAUCCGAGGCAUCUUCUACAGCCUACUAGUGUAUGAUUAAAUGCGAUUUUUUUUUUGAUCGAGUGGGAUUUUUUUCUAAACAUAAAGUAAAUGAUUUUGGUGCUCAACUUCUAGUUUGAAAGAGUUUCUUCGUUGAAUUAGUACCUGCGUCAUGGUGACUCAGCUCUACUAGGUCAUAGAUCGAGGCUCUUGAACCCAGGUUAACCAGAAAACUCAAUGGGUAAAUGGCAAGCUUUGCACCACAAGGUCAACUUUUAGUCCCUGUUUAAGUGACGAGCUUUGUACCGAGAAUGUAGUAAAAUGGAUCUGUUUUCUGGACAUAGAAA